AUGUUUAGACAUGUUGCUAAGUGUGGUAGUGCGUAUGAAAUUUGGAAUACAUUAGAAUUGCAUUUUCAGUCUUUCUCAAAGGCGAGAACACUUCAUUUGAGAAAUCUAUUGCCAAGCAAUAAGAAGGAGUCUAUGAGUGUUAAUGAGUAUAUUUUGAAAAUGAAAGAGUUAGGGGAUGAACUAGUGGCCAGUGGAGUUCAAAUUGGAGAUGAGGAAUUGUUGCUAUACAUUCUGGACGGUUUAGGUCCAAAGUUUAAUGCGAUGGUAGCUAAUUUGGUGGAUAACAGUAGUACUACCACUCUCCAAGAAGCACAGAUACUACUCAACAAACAUGAGAUGAGAAUUGAGAAGCAGAAUAGUAUACUAUCUAACUUUCAUGGUAUAUCAUCUGCACUACUAGCCACAAAACAAGCUUCAAGUGAUGUUGGAGGUGUGUCACAGUUCCAAAUUUCUUUUGUACCACAAUUCCAAAAUACCGGGGCUAGAGGAGUUACUGCUCAGAAUUUUGGUUCUCCCUCUACUAUUCAACCAACUACAUGGCAGAACUCUAACCCUUCACCUAUGUCUUCACAAGGAAUGUUGAAUUAUCAACACCAUGGAAUUUAUCCCCAACAACAAUACCAUGGAAUUUAUCCCUAA